AUGGAAAAUGAAUUUAAUUCCAUUCAAACUGACAGACACAAGGAAGCUAAGGGAAGUCACAAAGAGGGCUCUCAAAAGGGCACCUCAACCAAAAAAAGCAAAAGUGUAACUAAACAGAAAUCAAAAGGAGAUUCUAAAACAGGGAAAAGUUCCAAAAACAAAGAUGUGAAAGAAAGCACUGAUUCCACCCAAGCUAGUGGAGCUGGGGCCAAAGAGAAAGGCGACAGUACAGCAAAGACUACUAAGACUCAGUCAAAACUAAGUAAAACAGUCAAGCAAGUUCCUGUGGAAACAACUGUUGAUCAUUCAGUUCUAGAAACGCUAGAAGUUUUUGAUUUAACAGACAAUGAAGCUUGGGCUGGUCUUCCUUCAGAGCAAAUACCAGAAAGAUUUAUACAAUAUCGGUGGUUGACAACGAAAAAGCUAAAAGAACUUGAUGAACAAUUGAAAUUAAUGACUCUUCGAACUCAGCGUAAAAAGUGGAAUCUCUCAAAUCACAAUUCCAAGAACAUAAAAUCAAAUGGGAGAAGCCUCCAAGUUGCCGCUGAAAAAGAAGCUGAUGCAGUGAUGACCCAACUUGAGGAUUUUAUUAAUGAGCAAGAAAAGAUGGACACUCAGGAGAAUAUAGAUAGUUUGAAUGUUGGUGAAGAAUCCCAAUGUCCAGUAAACAUAGAGAGUAAAACAUUAGACUUGCCAUGUGAAAAUUUUCAGGAAGAUCUACACAGAGCUCUACCUGAAGCUAAAGAAAUAGCGACUACAACAUGUGUUAGUGAUACUGCUAUUUCAGUUGAAAACUCUUCAACUACAGAAUCUCAUUCAUCAAAGCCAAGUAACUUCAAGGUACCAGAUCCUGUAAUCCUUCCAGACCAAAAGUCUGCCAUUCCUUCAGCUUCUGAUCUCAGUACAAAUGAAGGAAAUGAGAUACUCCCUGAAGAAGAGCUCUGUCCAAAAAUGAAAGACACUAAUACGGAAGUUGCUGGAAUGCCAUUUCAACAACCUCAAGAACUUCAAGGAAUUAGUGAAGAUGAUAUUGGUGAUGGUGACAAAAAUCUACAUCCAGUAUCUCAGAACAAUGGCACAGAAGAUUCCAUAAAAGUUGAUACAGACUCAACAAUGAACAACCAAAUGUACAAAAUCAUAAUGCAGUUUAAAGAAAACCUUACAAAACUCAUUAGUCAUAAAGAUAUGAAAAAUGACCAAGAAAUCCUUGUUGACAUUGAUUCCAUCAUUAAAGAAGACAAUACCAAUAAAGGUACAGAAACUCAUUCUGAUGAGCUUUUCAAACGUAUACAACAGACAUUCAAAGAUAUUACUCAAUUGAUUUAUGAUCAGUUUCAACAGCAACAAGUUCAGCAGUUGACAAACGAGAAAGGUUAUCCAUCUCUUGACAGUGAGAGCUUACCAACAGACAGCCAAAGACAAAACCUGCCUAGCAUGACUUCAGAAAAAAGUACGUCUCCAAACAAAAUUGCCAUGAGAGAACUGAUGGAUCUCUACAAUCAGUUGCAAAGUCAAAUAAUUGAAGACACUCAGAAACAUGAAGCAGAGCAAAGGCAUAAUUCAUUGGUUAUGAUUGAAAUGCAAGAUAAAAUUACUAGCUUACAAGAACAAUUGGAAUUAGCCAGAAAAAUUCAAAGGGAUUCAGCCAAACAGUAUGCUCCUUAUAAUUAUCCGGUGAUGUUCACACGUUUGGACUUAGAACGCAAUGCCAAAAUAAUGACACGUGCUCUUGCCUCACAACAUAUCAGCGAUGAUAGAUACAAGGAUAUCAUCCAACAAAUGGCAGAUUAUAUUUCUCUUCCUGUGCUACGUUUCCAACAGUUAGUACAUCGAUAUGUACACCAUUGUCGUUUAAAGCAAAUCUAUGGUUACAUCAAACAGCAGUCAGAGAUAAAUUAUUUACGAGGAGGUGCCAACAUAAAAGAAACAUAUCAGCUACAAAAAGUUGUCAAUGUUCAUAAUCAGUAUGUGAACCACUGGUGUGAGCAGGCUACAGUCAUGAGUAUGGAACGUCAAUCACAAGCCAGUGCAUUGACUGAAACACUUGAGGACUUAGAAGCUGAGUCAGGCCUUUUUUUAAUCAAGCCAAUUUACACAAACCGUAUAAAACUUGUUAGCAGAGAGAAGAAAGUGCAGAAAAAAAGGAAUACUUGUAAUAAACUUCCAAGCAAUCCUUCACAUCUCAAGCAAACUUCAAGUGCUAAUUCUGCAGAUACUUUAUUUGACCAAAAUUCCAAAAUUAAUAUUGCCUUGAAUUCAUGCAACUUUCAGCCACAAAGACUCAAAGAUGAAAGCAACAACUUUCUUUCUCCUACCUGCAACAAACAACGGCAUACAUCGACACCCAUCUGGGCCUCAAGCUUUCAAAGCAACCUGAAGAACACAGCAGAAGGUGAAUACAUUCAUGACUCCAUACCAAAAACAACAACAGAAGCAGCUUCUGUGAUAGCCUAUGGCAGCAUGUUGACAGCACCCCGUAUUCUUGAAUUGGAUAUCAACAGAAUGCUUAUUGGACAAAAUAACGUGAGCAUACAAAUUAAUCCACCAACAGCUGAUGAGUCUCAACAAUUAAAUCUUCGAUCUUACAUAAGUGUGUGUCGACCAACUGCAACUCCAGGAAAUAUUUGUUCAGGUCAACCAUUUUCAAAUAUUACAAGCAGUUGCUAUGAGUUGAAGACUCCCCCAGUAUCCAGAUUAUGUACCCCAAAGCCUAACAAUGGAGAACAGUUUGUACAGACCGAUCAGCUACCAAAUAAAUUACAACUAGAGAGAAUAUCUUUCCCUCCGAUAUCUUCACAUGUAACAACACAAACAUCAGUUGGCCAUGACAAUUAUUUGACCAGCAAAUAA